GUAACUAUAAAAAUACUCCGUAUACGAAGUACGAGUACAAGAAUAUCCCAUUUCUUUCUCCCUAAAUAAAUUCGCAUCUGAUUUUCCACAGCAGGCCAACUCAAUUCCAAUGGCGGCGGCUUCUUCAACCACCACCAUACUCGCCGCUAAAGGCUCCACCUCCUCCCCCUUCUCAUGGAAGAGCCAACUCUCCUCCCCGUCAGCGUUCCGCGUCGCGUCUUUCUCUUCCCACCGCCGCCGUGCCUCACGAUUCGUGGUGCUGGCCAUGGACGCCAAGCCCACUGUCCUUGUUGCCGAGAAGCUCGGUGAGGCUGGGCUAACCCUCCUCAAGGAGUUCGCCAAUGUUGAUUGCGCCUACAACCUCACCCCCGAGGACCUCUGCACCAAGAUCUCCCUCUGCGACGCCCUUAUUGUCCGCAGCGCCACCAAAGUUAACCGCGAGGUCUUCGAAUCUUCCGGAGGGCGCCUCAAGGUCGUAGGGCGAGCUGGUGUGGGAAUCGACAACGUCGAUCUCGCGGCUGCGACUGAGCAUGGAUGCCUCGUGGUGAAUGCGCCGACUGCUAACACGGUGGCGGCUGCCGAGCACGGCAUCGCAUUGCUCACUGCUAUGUCUCGAAACAUUGCCCAAGCUGAUGCCUCUGUCAAAGCUGGAAAGUGGCUGAGAAAUAAGUACGUUGGGGUAUCCUUGGUUGGAAAAACACUUGCCGUGAUGGGUUUUGGUAAGGUUGGAUCUGAAGUAGCUAGACGUGCCAAGGGUCUCGGUAUGCAAGUCAUAGCUCAUGACCCAUAUGCCCCAGCUGACCGUGCACGUGCAAUUGGAGUGGAUCUUGUGAGCUUUGAUGAAGCCAUGUCAUCUGCAGAUUUUAUCUCCCUUCACAUGCCACUCACUCCCACCACCUCUAAGAUUCUAAAUGAUGAAACAUUUGCCAAGAUGAAAAAAGGUGUUCGGAUUGUCAAUGUUGCUCGUGGGGGAGUUAUUGAUGAAGAAGCAUUGGUUAGGGCCAUUGAUGCUGGCAUCGUGGCACAGGCAGCACUUGAUGUUUUCACGGAGGAACCUCCAGCAAAAGAUAGUAAAUUAGUACAGCAUGAGCAAGUAACUGUGACUCCACAUCUUGGUGCUAGCACUAUGGAAGCUCAGGAAGGAGUUGCUAUUGAAAUUGCUGAAGCAGUAGUUGGAGCUCUGAAAGGAGAGCUUGCUGCUACUGCUGUCAAUGCACCAAUGGUCCCAGCUGAGGUAUUGGCAGAGUUGAAGCCGUUUGUUGUUCUAGCUGAAAAACUUGGUAGACUUGCUGUCCAAUUAGUAACAGGUGGAAGCGGUGUGAAGUCUGUGAAAGUGACAUAUGGAUCCGCACGAGCCCCAGAUGACCUAGACACAAGGGUUCUUCGUGCCAUGAUAACAAAGGGUCUUAUCGAACCCAUCUCCAGCGUCUUUGUCAACUUAGUCAACGCGGAUUUCACUGCCAAGCAGAGAGGCAUCCGUAUAUCUGAAGAACGGGUAGUUCUAGAUGGUUCCCCUGAAAGCCCGCUCGAGUUCAUUCAGGUUCAGAUUGCAAACGUGGAGUCAAAGUUUGCUAGUGCCAUUUCCGAGUCAGGAGAGAUUAAAGUGGAGGGCCGUGUCAAAGACGGAGUCCCGCAUUUGACCAAGGUUGGUUCCUUUGAGGUUGAUGUGAGUUUGGAAGGGAGUAUCAUUCUUUGCAGACAGGUUGAUCAGCCAGGUAUGAUUGGGAAGGUGGGCAGCAUUUUAGGGCAGGAGAAUGUAAACGUGAGUUUCAUGAGUGUUGGGAGGAUUGCUCCAAGGAAGCAUGCUGUGAUGGCCAUUGGAGUGGAUGAACAGCCUAGCAAGGAAUCGUUGAAGAGGAUUGGUGAGAUCUCUGCUGUUGAGGAGUUCGUAUUCCUUAAGUUAUAAAGCAAUUCUAAAUACCUCUCAAACUUCUAUAUGUGACUUUUUUGUAGUUCUGAUUUGCCGGGAAAAGAAAUUGUUUGCUUUUGCAAUUUUUAGAGUAUGAACAAAGUUCGAGCACUAUUAGCUGUGAUCAAUGUUCAAGUUUUCUGUAUGAAAUGUGUUUUAUUUGUAUGAAUUUCAAUUUUCUCAUUAAAUAAAUGGAAAAGGGCAACUAGUCCAAGACUCCAAGUUUAAUUUA